CCCAAGCAUUUACAUGUAACAGCCGUUUUUAUUUGUACUUUAAUUAUGACUCGUUGCCAUGACCGAAAAUGUGAUUGUUUUCUUAUUAUUCUGUUAAUUGUAUUCUUUUAAGUAUUUACCUCUGUACAAUCAAUGUUUUUUUCGGCAGUGUUUGAUUUUUGACAAGUUCAAAUGACACUUCAUCGAUUCAUUUCGCGCUUGAGAUCAUUUCGUAGAGUUGGAAUGUACACAUAAGCUGAAGUGCUCUUAGAGAAGAAAUAAAUACAUGUUAAUGUGAACAAACUGAAGCGUUAGGUACUGAAAAAAAAACUUGUAUUUCAAAGUGAUACAUUGUAGUUCUCAGGUUGUUUUACUAAUAAACAAUUGCUAUGGAAAAACUAAAACCUUCAGAAAACAACAUUAGAGGUAGAAAAAACAAUAGAGUGUCUAAAAAUUCUUUUCUUACCGAUGAUAUUGUAAAUUUAAACUGCUGUGUUACAUUGUCAAAAUGUGAUGCUUUGAUUAACUAUAAUAAACAAACAGUGUCUGAACCGAAAAUUAAGUCCGCCAAAAAUAGUUCUUCACCUGAUGUUCAAUCAUUUAAAAGGACUACUAGAAAACGCGUUCAUGAAAAUAAAAUGUCUGUUGAAGAUAUUACAGAUAUUACUUGUUCUAAAAAACAAAAACAAGGGAAAAGCGUACCAAAACCAAAAUCACCACAAACUAAGAGUAUCGAAUCUAAAAUAAAUGAUUUACCUCAAACUGAGAUUAUUGAAUCCAAAUUAGUAUAUGGUUUACCUCAAGUGAAUACAAAAAAAAGGCGAGGCAGAGCUUCUAAUUUUGGAAUUAAUUUUGAUCUACUUUUGAGUAGUGGUACUCUUCCAUAUUUAAAUAAUGAUUUAGAUAAUAGUAUUAAAGAUACUACACCGUGUGUAAAGAACGUACAAGCGCCUAAAGACAAUGUGAACGAUUCCGAAAGUACUUCUAAUACGACUAAAAGCAAUGAUGUAGUUGUUCCAGUCCCAUACAGAAGUAGAUUUCGUAGAUGUACGUUAUCGAAGAAAAAAGAUUUAGCCAAGAAAACCACAGAAAGUAAUAAAAUUGGUGAAAAAAAUGUUGAAAGUCAUGAUUGCAUCUUAGAUCCUGAUCAAAUGCCAAAUUCUGUUGAAACAGAAAUAUCUUCUCAAAUACUUGAGAAGUCUUUGUCUACUGAUACCUUGCCUCUCCAAAAAGAUCCUUAUAAUAUUAAAAAAAAAUCGAGGAAAGUAAGGACCAAAAGUUGUACACCUAACGAUGUAAAUUUGAUGGCAAACGAUACACAACCAAUUAAGAUUCAAACUCGAGCUACAAGAAAUCGAAAACAAGAAAAUUCUAGUCACCAAAACAUAAAAGCUAAAUUAUUAAAUAAUAAAGAAUCGACUGAAGAUAUUUCUUCUGUGAGUUUAAAGAUAAAUUCUGAUUGUGAUGACAGUAACAAUAGGGCUGAAGUUUUUGAUAACUCUGCCGAACAGACGAUAACUUGUCUUACAGAAGAGAGUGAAGGCGGUGUUGACAUUUCAAAUAAUUCUAAAGAAUUGAAGCAAACUCUUGUAACCAAUGUGUGUUCUUCACACAUUAGUGAGGAAAUUGUAUUAUACAAAAGUGUUGUGAUGCCUAAAAAAACUCGUAAUGGCAUUAAAAAAAAUGACAUUAACAUUUGUCCAGAAAAUCUCGGUUCAAGUGAUGUAGAAAAAAAUAAAAAUUUGAAGAUAAACACUAAAUGCACACCAAAGAAUAAAAAUAGACUUUUGCAUUCUAAGCCGCCUAGCGCUACGGUUUCUCAGAAAGUAAAAAAUGCAGUUGGCGAAUCUGACGUUGUUCCUAGUUGCUCUGAAACUCCCAGAUCUCCAAUCCAACCAUACGACCAACAAGAUAUGUCACCUUUAGUUAUUAAUAAUCAGUCAAAUGAAAAAAUUGUAACUAAAAAGUUACCAAUUGAACGCGAUAUCGAAAAUAUCGCCAAGCAGUACAAUAUUCCUUACGAAACUGUAAAACGUGUAGUUUUGGACGAGCCGUUAACGGUUUUUCGUGAGCAGUACUCAAAAGAGGUCACUCCAGCCAUGCUUACCGCGGCACCUAUAAUUGUGGAUUUAAAAUCUAAAUCAAAUCAAGAUCUCAAUGUCAACUACAAAGUAGAACCUAUUAGAGAGAGUAUGGCUUUUGAAAAAAGCAAUAUAAAAGAUAUGAUAACUGAACUGUCUAAAACAAUGCCUUCGUGGAGCUUAAGUACUGUAACAAAUCCUGCUCGUUUCGUAAUAUCUAAAAUGUCUAUAAACGAUUACGGUGUACCCGUCGUGAGCAAAUCGAUUGUUUUAGACAGAAAUUUCAGAGGCUCUGUUUAUAUUAACCAGACGUUAGAAUACAAAUAUUGCAAGCAGUACAUAACUCCAGCUGAAAUUAUUAAUCUCAUUAAGCAAAUUAAUUCUCUUUAAUUGCACGCACUAUUCUGUUAUCCUACUUGUUAACUUUUUUUGUACUCAAUUAUAUAUUUAUAUAUAUUUUGUAAUUUACCUUUUGUACAAAAUUACAUAUGUAAAUCAUUAUUAUAAAAGACAUGAGUGAAUCUAAUUGUGUAAAAACUAUUGAAAUAU